CCGGGAAAGCUGUAUCGAAAGUGUGCCAGGUCUAUCUUGGCGAAGAGAAGAUCGGUCAGGAGGGGUUGAAUCGACGGCAGAAACUGUCCAACCGGCUUAGGGAAGGGAGGGAGAGGGAGUGAAGGGAGGAGGGAGGGGAACCGGGGUGGGAGGAGGAGGAGGAGGAACAUCGGGCCUGCCGCGCUAGCCACGUCAGUUUUCGGUCUCUCUCGGCCCGGCUUGGGGAAGGCGACACGAGAGAGAGAGAGAGAGAGAGAGAGAGAGAGAGAGAGAGAGAGAGCCUCAACUGGUCCUAAGCACACACAGACACAAUCACUCACACAAACACACCCACUGUGUGUGUGUGUGUGUGUGUGAGAGAGAGAGAGAGAGAGAGAGAGAGAGAGAGAGAAUGGGGGCUGAGGAGCCGGCGAUCAAGUUGCGGUUCACGCAACGAUUUCUUCGGCGUCUAAAGGAUGGCGAUGCCGCGAAGAAGGCGGCGGUGAAGCCGGCGAAGGACGCCAAAGAGGCGGAGACGCAGAGGCCUACCAAUGCGGCGGUUCCAUCUUCAGGGAGUGAUAUGCAUCAUGAAAAUGCGUCCGACGGAUCGCCGCGUGGCAGAGCAAUUUCGCCCCUCACCACCGAUGUCGGCCCCCUUCCUUUCACCCUCCCACCGUCAGGGUUUCCUCCGCCCGGUCUGCCGCCGCCGAUCCCCUUCCCACCAGGGACACAGCCGGUCCAACCUGGUGUGGGGCUAGGGUUGUCCCAGGAGCAGCGAAGGGGCGAGCAAAAGGAUAAGGAGAUGGCGGCGUACCGCCGUGCGCUCAUGGAUAGUGAAAGAGUAGGAGCGCUGCUCGUGAAGAAGGAGACGGAUGAACUGAAAAGGGUUGGCGAAUUUGCCGAUCAGCUGCAUAAGAAGCAUUACCGGCCUCCGUCGAGACCAAUUCCAUGUUCAGAAGAACGUGAGGCGUGUGUCCACUGUUACGCGGAGAACGCAAAGGACCCUGUGAAGUGUGCAGAAAACGUCAAAGCGUUUGUCGAAUGCUCUCGGAGGACGCAUCGGGUAACUUCGCUUCGCUCUCCUUUCUUUCCGGUUCCUUGGUUCUCCUUCUCCUUCCUUUUUGCUGCUUUGGCUUCCUCCUUGGCCAAUCACAGAGACACCAACUCCUCCUUUACCGACCCAGAGUCGCCAGCACUUCCUCCAGGUUGUGAUGACGACGAUGAAGACCAGUCUCUCCCAGGCACCUAUUCGGCGACCCUCCUGCUUUCGGCUGAUCGCUCUGUUGGCCGCUGUACUUCCAACACUCGAACCCGUAGUGACCGCGCGUCGGACGCUGAUUCUGUUGAUUCAUCGCCUGUUCCCGAGGACUCGCGAGAAGUGGCAGAUCGGAGGUCCACCCCGCCCCUCGGCGGACCAAUCCGAGGAUUGCUCUCCAAUCCGCUCCCUCAUAUUCCUACAGGAGCAGCACAUCGGAGGAGGUCCUCGCCUGUUCCGCCGAUUGGUCCUCGGUGGACCAAUCGGCCGCCGAUUCCCACAGCCGCCCCGCCCCUCAGCUGACCAACCCGAGGAUUGCCCCUCGGCGGCUGAUUCCCUUGAUCGCCUGUUCCCUAGGAUAGACCUCCUGACACGAUCUCUUCAGUCCUCCGACCGGUUUCACGCUGCUUCUUUCUCACACCAGCACACUCCUUCCACCGCAUGAAGAUCGAGGUCUCGAACACCAGAGUCGCAGUAGUCUUCGCCCGAUCGUUUGACGAGGGCUGCGUCAGCUGUCAGGUACUGUCAAUUUUGUUUUCUCUCUCUCUCUCUCUCUCUCUCUCUCUCUCUCUCUCUCUCUCUCUCUCUCUCUCUCUCUCUCUCUCUCUCUCUCUCUCUCUCUCCUGCAGGUGACGCAGGUUCAUUCUUGUUGUCUGUUCGAACUUCGACGCAUAUCACAUGGAGCAGAAGGUUUUUGGGAGUUACAAAUUGCUUUUAAUUUUUAAAAAAGUUUCAAUUUCUUUGGAGAUUAAAUUUCUGAAGAUC